UACGCUGUGAACAUCAGGGAGGUACUAUAUCGCCAUCUCGCUCAUGCUUUUCUUCAAUUGUUUCACAGGAGCUUUGCCUUUCGAAUGCACUGAUACUCAUUUUUGAAUUCAUUAGAUUAAGGACAUGUCUGUGGUUGAAUAUGCCUCUGGCCCAGUGUGGGUGUUGGGAGGUUUCGUGUUUUUCACAGCAUGGGAUCAUCUGUUGCGUCAAAUGAUUCCUCUCAGCGCGCGUAACACCAAUGUACAAUCGUGGAAAUGGAAGAACACCGCAGUAUCUCUUGUCCACUCCUUCAUCACGGGCUGCUGGUCGCUUCUAUGUUUCUACGAGUACCCAAAACUAGGAGAAGACUUGAUCAAGACUUACACAAGAUCUUCGCAUAUGCUUGUGUCCUUCUCAGUCGGUUACUUUGUACACGACUUCCUAGACAUGGCAUUGCAUCAUAGGAAACGGUCAUCGUAUGAGUUAAUGGUUCACCACGUGUGUGUUAUAGCUUGCUUUGGUUUAUCAGUCUGGACCAGGAUGUUUGUUGGGUAUGCUGUAGUGGCUCUUUUUGUUGAAGUUAAUAGUAUAUUCCUACAUAUACGGCAGCUGUUUAAUAUAACAGGCAUUUGCAAGAAGGAACCAAAGUACCGCCUGAAUUCGAUGCUCAACAUCGGCACUUUUGUGAUUUUCCGGAUUGCCGUUUUGGGUUGGAUGACGCGAUGGCUUGUCAUUCACAAAGACGAUCUCUCUCUGGCUGUUUAUACCUUGGGUAGUGUUGGUUUGGCUAUUAUAAUGGUGAUGAGUAUUGUGCUAUUCCUAAGAGUAUGUAUAGCAGAUUUCACCAAGAAAAAGCACAAAAUGAAUCAAAUCACAAAAAGGCUCAAGAAUGUGAUGACAGUAUGAAGUUGUCAUCAGCAGCCACACUACUGCCUAAUGGUACAAACAUUCACCUGGAUUAGUUUCAUAUGAGAAGAUUAGUCAUUGUUUUAUUCUAUGGUGUGUAAGCCUUGAAAAAUGUGUUACUGCAAAGAACCAUUACAUUGUACAAAAUAUAUUUGUGUGGUGUUCAUUUGCUUCAGAAACUAGUAUCUGUAUUCAUUUGCAUACUUGCUAAGUUUUUUUUUUCUAGAAUAAAAGUUUGGUUAUGAUGACCAAUUUAUACCAUUUUUUGUAAUUGCCAGUCUUAUAAAGGAGCAAAACUGAUAACAGUUUUAGCUUUUAAAGUUGACUUUUCUGUUUAAAACAUACUAAAAUGGUAUGUAUACUUUCAAUAUAACAAACUAGAAUCCUAUAGUAUGUAAUACUAAAUUAGUGGUGAUUUAGUGUGGUUACCAAGUUACCAGUGAAUGCCUUGAAAAAAAUAGGUGGUGGUUAUGUCUCAGGUAAUCCUUCUUUGUAUAUGUGUCAGAGGUCAAAUGCUCUAAACUUUGUAUACUAGAAAUGCACAAUAUUAAUGUGACUCUUCUGUGAAUUGCUUGUGAAAGUAAAAGUGGAUAAAACAUAGAAAGAAUUAUGCCCAAUAUAUAAUUUGAUAUUAAUUUUGUGUCAGAUUUUGAGAAUGCUUAGUCUUGAUCAUCAGAUUACAUGCUUAAUUUGCCUCUCUUUUGUAAUUAAGAAUCUGAUUAUUUAAUGAGAAAUGUUUGAGUUGUUCUCCAUUUAUUCACACCAAGGAUUCUAGCAGUCUAUAUUUGUACUUUUUUCUAUUUACUAAUGGUGAAAUGAAGAAAAAAUAGUAGGAUUUAGAGGGCAUGUUAAAGAAAUGUUAAACAUACUCAUUUUCUGAUCAGUGUCAAGUUUAUGAAAUAUAGCAUGUGUAUUAUUUCUUAGUUUUAUAGCAAACGUGAUCCAAACAGUUACAAAUGAUAACAAACAUAGAGGAUAAUAGGUACUAAAGUGUUUUAUAAGUUAGAUAUAAAUUAUAUAGUUUUGGAACUGAUUAAACUGAUGAAGCAGCAUACAGGCUGUUUCUUGAUUUUUUUGUUGUCACUGAUAUGAAUAUUAAAUUCUUGUAGCAAUUUAUAGUUUUGUGAAACACAUGACAGUUACUGACUCAUAACAUUAUGAGAUAAUUGCUAAAUAGCUUCAUAGGGUCCAUUUAUAGUUUUGUCAAUAAAUGAUAAAAAUGGGUUUAUCAAGCUUAUCCAGUAAGUUGUUUGCUGCCACUGGCGCUCUAUGUUUGGUCACAUGUGUUUAUGUAACUAAUAUUUGUCAGAAAAUAAUGGAAUAAUAAGUAGAUAUCAGUUGAAAAUCUUGGUCUUGACUACAGGUAUAAUGUGGUGUGUUAAGAUUAAUGUGUUUUUGUUCCAAAUAACAGUAUCACAUUGA